AACAAUAGGACAAUCAGACAAGACAGCAAACAGAGAAAACCAAGCCAGUCUCCAUAUCUCGCACCAUUGCUCCCGCCAUCUCUAAUGCCUUGUGUUAUGGUAUGGUAUAGGGCUGUAUCAGAAACGAAAGUGCACGCCGGUGGAGCGAAGAAAACAAACCAGAAAGCGGAACCGUCCCAGCCUUAUGCUAUGCUUAAUGCCAUGCCUCGCAUCCCCCAAGGAACCUCCCACACACCUACACAUUCCAGGACAGACUUAGAAGAGGGAAAAGGGAAGGGAAACGACAUGCAGAAGCACAGAAAGAAGGAAGAAAAGUAUAAAAGGCCAAAACGAACGCCCAGAAACGCCCAUCCCGCUUGCAAUAGAUAUUUCCAGCACGUGGUAUUUUCCACCCUCCCAUCCUCCCCUUUCCGGUUGAAACUUUUGAGACCCCCCUUUAGCACUCAUCCUCCCUUCUUGCAACAUGUCCCUCUGCCCAAAAUCCAAAGGAUAUUAGAAAAGAGAAGAGCCUUUUCCUUUCCCAGUCCCCGUCAUAAUUCCACUUCUUCCCCCCUCCAAAACCAUUAUGUACCAGCCCAGUGGCCAAGUCGAUGUCGUUCAAACGCUGUUUCGACCUAUAUUCUCCCCUACCAUCUCCUUCGAUCUUUCACCCUCUUCGUUGAAGAUACGGCCUUGAAUAUAGGAUAACAAGCCGCGCCCAGCACGUGCCGGCGGCAGCACUAGCUUCCGUACCCUCUCUCAACGAUCGCCGCUGGUCGCUCAGCGAGGCUAAACAUUGGCGCUGGGCCGUAAACGGCUUCAUAGGAGGCCGGAUUCAACCUGCGUUUUCUCCGUCUUGCGGCUUCCAGCGUCCUUCGUCCUCGUUCGUCCGGCGUCACUGUUGAACAAUUGCGUUUGCUGGUUUCUGGUAUCGCCUAAAUCCCAAGCUGGCCGACGGCGGUGGGUUCAACCACGUUAUCCGACAGGUUGAUGAGCAGCUGCGCGAGGCAGCGUUUCGUCGCAGCGUCGUCGCGGAGCACAGACUGGAACGUAUGGUCGCGCAGCGGUUCCGGCAGGCAUUGCCGUAAUGCCUCGCGAGCGCGGGCGUUGUCGCUGAGUCUGGAUUUUUUGGAGAACGAGGGUUAAUGCCAAAG